GCGAAAAUUUGAAACUCCAGAAGUAGGUUGAAAAAGUUGUUUGGCUUGGCUUUCAGAUCGUCCAUUUAUUAAACAAACAGUGAACAGUUGGUUUGGAGAAUUGUGUGAUUUAUAUUGUUUUGGUUUAUAUAUUUGUAUAUUAAGAUGGAUGAUAAAUUAGUCAAAAUGUCGAAAUCAAAAGUGUUUUGUUGCGUUUAUGGAUGCAAUAGUUGUGCCAAAAGGGACCUGGUAUCCUUUCAUUUUUUUCCCAAACAUAAUAGUUUUAAAAUACGAAUAACAAACAAAAAUGGCAUCGUUGAAAAAGUGGACGUGAGAAAGAUUUGGGAGAAGAAUUUGAGGUGCGGAAAGAAAAUAACAAAUUCUAUGAGAGUUUGUUCAAAACAUUUUGAAGAAUCAGAUUUUUAUCCACGUGCAAAGAAUUCCAAACGCCAAAGAUUGAAGAAGAAUGCUGUCCCAACAAAAAACCUUCCUGUGGGUUCUCAUGAUACCACUAAGAAGAAAGAAAGACGAAAUAUUUCCAAAUAUGAAUCUGCACAGCCAAUAGACCUAAUAAUACAUGGACAGGCCUUCACGUGCUUUUCCCGUUCACCGCAUCGAGGAAUACCCACGAGAGAGAGGGGGGUGGUAGAAAAGAGAGAUAACAGCAAUCCCUGGUAG